GCAGUUUCCCUAAUAAUUCUCCCAUUCUUAUUAAACUUGUUUCAUCUCCUAACUAACUAGCCACCAUUCUGCAACUGAUAUACCAAAAAUACCCCUAUAUCUUCGCACAAAUCAAUCCAUCUGUCACACCGUUGCCAAGGCUAUUUUUGUCAUUCAGUCCGUUCACAAUUUCUGUACAUCAACUGAAGAUAAGCAUGAACAAUAUAGGCAGAGCUAUUCUUUCUCCUCAAGAUAAAAUUUAUUGAAUUGUCUUGAUUUUCCUCCCAAAAAACUCUAACUAAUUCGCCGGAAUCUUUACAUUUCUUCCGACCCCAUCUCGCCGGAAAAUGGGCCAAUGAAAUCCAACAUGUUUACUGAAACGGAACAUGCACAAAAUCCAGUUGCAUCAACCGCCGGAGAAUCAAGAAUCCGGCAAGAAAUUGUGUUCAUUUCUUCACUCAUAUCUCUUUCUUAUUCAAUCAAAGUGUUUCCCGUGAAAUGGCAAUCUAUUCGCAAUAAGCUUGAAGAACUUCUCUCUAGUCUCUCUGUCAUUGAAAAUUGUGAUUCAACUGAAAAUUAUCCUCCACUUUGCAGCUCUCUUCAGGCCAUUAAUGCAACCCUCAAAAACUGCAAUGAACUUUCAAAGCAUUGUAUGGAAUUUUCUUAUAGUGGGAAACUCCUCAUGCAAAGUGAUCUUGAUAUAAUUUCCUCAAAGUUGGACAAUCAUGUAAGGAACAUUUCUGAGAUUUACUCUCUCGGUUUGCUAACUCAGAGCUAUGCUAUUAUUGUUUCAAGGCCGAGCAUUGGAGCUUCUCGCGAUGAUAUUAAGUUCUAUAUCAGGGAUUUGUUGUCAAGGCUCAAGAUUGGUUCUUCAGAAAUGAAGAAGCAAGCUUUGAUUGCCUUGAAUGAAGUCAUUCAAGAAGAUGAUAGGUAUGUUAAAGUUGCAAUUGAAGUUGAUAGUUUUGUUUCUCGGUUGGUGAAUUUUCUUGAUUUUCAAGAAGAUAAUCUUCAAGAAGAGGCAGCUAAGGCCUUAUCUGUAAUAGCAGGGUAUCAAUCCUAUAGAAGUUGUUUAAUUUCUACAGGAAUAAUUGCACCACUAAUUAGAGUUUUAGAGUGUGGGAAUGGUUUGAGUAAAGAAUUUGCAGCAAGAUGUUUGCAGAAGCUAACAGAGAAUUCAGAUAAUGUAUGGUCAGUUUCAGCUCAUGGUGGAGUUACUGUUUUGUUGAAGUUAUGUACUGAGGUUGAUUCUGUUGGUGAAUUAGUUGGUUUGGUUUGUGGGGUGUUGAAAAAUCUUGUUGGGGUUGAAGAAAUCAAGAGGUUUAUGAUUGAGGAAGGUGCAAUUUCAGUAUUUGUUAAGCUUGCAAGGUCUAAAGAUGAGGUUACACAAAUUAGUUCAAUUGAUUUUUUACAAAGUAUGGCUUCUGGGGAUGAAUCAACUAGACAAAUGAUCAUGAAAGAAGGUGGAAUACGAGCUCUAGCUCGUGUUUUGGAUCCGAAAUCAUCGUUCUCGUCUAAAGCAAGGGAAAUGGCCUUGAGGGGAAUUGUGAAUUUAUGUUUCUCAUCAGUAAAUUCAGUGAACAUUCUGUUGAAUAAUGGAUUUAUGGAUCACAUUCUGUAUUUUCUUAGACAUGGGGAUGGUUCACUUCAAGAAUUGGCAUUAAAGGCAGCAUUUUGGCUAUGUGGAACAUCAGAAGAGGCCAAGAAAGCAAUGGGGGAUGCUGGAUUUAUGCCUGAGCUUGUGAAUUUUCUUGAUUCCAAGUCAUUUGAGGUUAGAGAAAUGGCAGCUGAAACACUAUCAAGUAUGGUUAUUGUGCCAAGAAACCAAAAGAGAUUUGUACAAAGUGAUCAAAAUAUUGGUUUGCUGCUACAAAUGCUUGACCCUGAGCAGGCAAAUUUUGGUAACAAGAAGCUAUUGCUUUCUAUACUCAUGUCAUUAACAAGUUGCAAUAGUGCAAGAAAGAAAAUUGCAAAUUCUGGGUAUCUGAAAAACAUUGAGAAGCUAGCAGAAGCUGAAGUUUCAGAUGCAAAAAAGCUUGUCAGGAAAUUAUCCUCCAAUAGAUUCAGAAACAUUCUCAGUGGAAUCUGGCAUUCAUGAUCAAAUGUAAUUCAAUUUUGUCUUUAUGUUUUAAUGUUUGCUUAACUCCCUCAAUCCCCAACCAUCACCCAAAAAAAAAGAAGGGCAAACAACAAGGAGAUCUUAAUCAUCUUAUGUUAUGUAAAUCAAGAUAAAUGUACUUUAUUGUGGAGCUUUUAGAAUAUCCCUUUGUAGCUUCUAGUCAUAUAAAAAGUCUCAAUUAAAAAAAAGAUUACUGAA